AUCUAAAAAUAGACUUCCACCAAGACCAAGCCCCAGUGGACAGAUUUUAUUUUUAUUUUUAAUUUUUCCAUAUUUUUGUUGUCCACUUGUAGCUUCGUCUUCCAACCGCUCUAAGCCACUAACGGUUGGCUCAGGUGCUUUUCCAAAGCAUCCAUGGCUUCACUGCUCAUGAAACCUACAGUAACCAAAGGAAGAGAUGAGGUGUAUGUUGCAGCAGUGCCUCUAAGAGCCACAAAAGGGCCUGCCCAGCUUCUUGCCUCUUCUGCUUACUCUCUCAAUCUCUGGGAUUUGCAGCAUUUCAUGGUUAUUGUUAAACCCUCCUCACCUCCACCUCAUUCUCAGGCCUUGGUUUUUGAUUUUCAACCAAAAGAUCCUGAAAACAUAUUUGCAGCCCUUGCAGUUCUAUCUGGAAAAGCAAUACCAGGAGUUGUUCUUAUGAGGAAGUUGUCAAAACUCCCCAGAAGCAAAUGCUGGUUUGUUGGGUCUCCCAAAGCAAGUGCCAUAGAUACGGCACUUGAAUUCAACAGAGUCUGGGACACUAAUUUGAGGGUUGGCCAUCACGAUUGUCGAGAUUAUACCAAUGGCUUGGUCCAGUACCUAACAGGUGAAGGGUACAUCCUGGAGCGUUUGAGAAGUAAUGUGCGAGAUUAGCUCCUCAGUGUAGGUCACACAACGCAAGCGUCCGCCCUCGAUUUUGAAAGAGAUGGGACUUAAUCAAGCAUGCUAGCCAAUUUGACCAAAAGCAAUGUUCUCUGAUCUGCAUGUAUAAUUUGUACUCAAAGUUUCAUUAAAAAAAGAAAUAAAGGAAAUACUUAAUUUUGUUGAAC